AUGGCUCCAAAGACGAGACAGCGCUCUGGGGCUGCCAAUCAACACCUCCAGGAGGAGUUGAAUGUGCAUCCCCCUUCUCGCAGAAGAAAGAAGCUUGACCGGGACGCGGGCCGAAGCUUGCACUCUGCAGAAAUGGGAGAUACAGACCGGAUUGGCCUGUCAGAGGAUGCUGGCGAUAACAAUCUUCAGCUGAAGCGCAAGCGUCCCCCCGCUACCCCUCAAAUGUCUGAUUCUGAAGCAGCACCUGCGAAAAGAAGGUGCACUCCAGCUCAGGCUCGGAAAGGCACAAAUGUGUGUAUAGACAACGAGACUGAUAAGGAGAAUGCCCUGCAGGACAGUGAACGCUAUGGGUACAGCAGCGAAUCUUACCUGCCCGAGAAUAAUAUGGACAUGGAUCCCCCUUCUAACUCUGAUGCGGCCUCCGAAAAUCUACCUGUCAAGAGGAGAACUCGGAAAGGCAGCAACCGGUCUCAGAAAGGCACUGGACGUGCAGCUGUUGGCCAAGGCCGCAACGAGCUGCAUCCCAUUUCCGAGGAGGAGGAGUAUCGUGACGGUAGACCUAGCGAAAGUCAUUCUCGAAAGCAGGGCGGGAAGACAUCUGGGUCUCAGACUUCAGUUCCAGUCAAAGCCAGACUCAAGGCAAAUUGGAUGUCUCAGAAGUCGGAGCAUGCGAAACACGAACGUACCAAACCAAAUGCGGUAGCACAUGCUGGAGCAAAGUCUACAUCCUCGAAUCAUGCUCCAGCCACUGGUCACCAACCCGCUCGUCGUGGUUCUUGCGAACGCGAAGCGUCUCCAUCCCCGCCACCACCCCAAGUUGAUCUUAUCAUGGCGUGCGGAUCAUCCUCUCGAGGCUGGGCGUCUGCAGUCUUCUCUCGGCCACAGACAUCUACGAUUGCCGACUCCUUGAACAAAAGGAUAAGCAAGGUUGCAUCGCCAGUCAAGGAGGGCGGGUUUCCAGGGGACGAGGAUGAGGGGCAUGAGGAAGAAGCAGCAAAGUCGAGUCCAGUGAAAGGACAGAAGCGAGUUACCUCUUCAUCGAUGGUGUCCGUUCAUGUUUCCCACCCGCCUCUUGAGAGUAUCUCCGGCGCCAAUGGCCAUCACUCAGCGGCUCGUGGAACCCAAGAUAAGAGGAAGGAGCAUCGUAGUGGGCCGAACCGUGACAGAGAUGAACAGGAGUACCAACCUCGCCGCCGAAGGCCUAACGAGCAAUAG